GUGAUCCCAAGAAGUAAGCAUUGUCCGUGCAUAGCAAUGUUUUCAUGAAGGUUAGCAUAUAGUAUUUGAGACAGCCUGUAAGCAGUUCCUGACGAAAAUACCGAGGCAGUGAUCCAUCGGCUGCGUCAAUUUUCGUAAUAAGUACUCUGGUUAUUUGUUGAUUAGAUCAAGUUAACACGUGCGCCUGUGGCCAAUCGAUCUCACUUGCGUGUGCAUGUGUUGCUCUGUUUAUUCACACCUCAUAUUCUGAACUUAUAUCUUGAAUUGGUAUCUGAAUAUCGUAUGGGAAGCUGGGUGUGACACCGCGUCCCUCUAGGAAUCGGACAUCCGCUUGAACCAAACAAGCCUCUCCAUAUAUAUACCUGUCCUCACGCGGGCAUCUUACUAUUCCUCGUCAAAUCGGAAGAACACGGACGGGGAGCAGUUCUAACCGUAGCGGCGUUCUCAAUAUUCUAAUGGAAGUCAUGCCACGCCGAAGCAGCACGGCCAGGUCAAGCGUUUGCGGUGGCAAGCCGAUCUGCAAAAGGAGAAGACCAAAGUCCCAAUUUCUAAACCUUCCGGAGGACAUACAGUGCAAGGUUCUGUCAGAGUUGGCGCUCAAGGAGGCUACAAGGACUAGUAUCCUAUCCAGCGAAUGGGGAUCCGUCCAGUCGCUCCAUCCCAGACUGAGAUUCGACGGUAACACGAUGUGUGGCGGCAGGACCGCCGCCGGGUCGAAAGAGUACACUCAGGAGUUUGUUCAGAACGUCAAUACUGUCCUGCAGAAACACAACGGCAUGUUCGUGGAAGAUUUCGAGGUCAAGUUCGAGUUUGACCGCGAGCUAGUUGUCCAUCUCGACAACUGGAUUAGGUUCGCCGCGGCCUCUCAGACAAAGAAUCUGGCUUUUGAUCUAGUACCAGACGAGUUCCGUGGCUGCAGUGAUCGGUAUUUACUCCCUGCCGAGCUUCUGGACUGCCGAACCACAUCCCGUCUACGGAGUAUUCAGCUUAGCUUUGUGUCUAUCAUAUUGCCGCCCCGUUUCAAUGGUUUCCCUAAUUUAAGAAAGCUCGAUCUGCACCUGGUACAUGUCACGGCAAAGGAUUUUCAGGAUAUGUUGUCUAGUUGCUCCAAUCUUGAGUGGUUGAGUGUAGUUAGGUGUCACCUUUAUGAUGAACUGAAGGUGGAUCAUCCAUUGUCUUGCCUGCUGCACUUGCAUAUUGCACACUGUGAGAUAACCAAAAUACAAUUCAACGCCAUGAAGCUCAAAACUUUCGUGUAUAGAGGGGAGUGCCUCCCUAUUGACCUCAGUCAAUCUUCAGAGCUGAAAGAUGUGCACCUUUAUCUUGAUGACUUAACUCUUGAUCAUGCUCUCACUACAUUUCCCACUGCACUUCCAACUGUUCAAAGCCUGACACUGAAAGCUCUUGCACCAUUAAAGAUGCCUAGGUUGUUGCUACAGAACCCCGGAAAGUUUUCUCAGCUGAAAUACUUAGAUUUGGAUUUAAUGAUCAUUCAUGAAGAUGCUGACAACAUUCUCUCUUUAGCCUCUUAUUUGAGAGCGGCUCCACUUAUCGAAAAGCUUGAGUUGCAUUUUGGUAGUUUCGCCUUUCCUUAUGAUGGAUGGGAGCCUAUCCGAAGCCUUCCAGGAUGUCGACUUAAUUAUCUCAAGAAUUUAAAUGUCAUGGGAUUUAUGGCGUCUACAGGCCAACUUGAAUUCCUGCUAUAUGCCGUGGAAAAUGCCCCUGUGCUCGAGGUUUUAACUCUGGAUCCAGCUUGCAGAUUCAAUGUGGAUCAUCAAGGGCGAACAUAUUUCACAGAGACGGUUCGUGAGAUUGGCAUAAAACACCUCGGUGAAAGAGUAUUACCAACUACAAAGCUUUGUGUUCUCUAAAGCUUUUCAAUCCCAUGAUAUCGCUGACCGAUUCUUGUACAUCAGAAUAUCAUCUUGUAUUGUAUCUCCAUAUAUGUGAGACAGUCAUGUACAAUAUUGAGGUUGCGUUUAAAGAAUUUUGCACUUGGUU